AUGAACGGCCCGCUUCUGAAGGUCACAUCUUCGAAUUUGACGUCGCUUAACGGUAUAGAAUACGAUCUCGACGACGCGUUUGGCCAACACCGCAAAUUCACCUUUGACAUUAUCCUCAGCUCCACAGCCAAUAUCCUAGGGCUACUGCGGUUUGAACUACGAGUUCUCCGUUUCUUCAACGACAUCUGCGUUCCUUUCCUUACCUACAACGUCAACAAACGCCACAGCAUCGUGUGGGAGGUGGUCGUGCCGCAAUACGUGACAUCCUCACCGUCCAUCCGACUGGCUAUACUAGCCAUGGGGUGUCUCAAUAUCAUGCCAGUUUUGGGCAUGGAACGGCUUAUUCAGGAGAAUAUGGACCCCACGGAGGUGGCCAAAACGCUCGAGGCCAGCAGCGAUACGUUCGAGGUGCAGCGGCUUUUUGCUGAUGACUACAUGAUGGAUCUGGGCGACGACAUCAACCUUUUUCGCCAUGCUUCGGAGUUUUUCACCCAUGCUGUUAGUGGCACCCACGAGGCGGUCCAGCAGCUUCUGGAUCCCAAUCUCUCUCGCCAGGAAAGAGCAGAAAGCCUUAACGAUGCUACAAUCACCAGCUACCUCAUGUACAGCUUUAUAGGGCUACAUCCGUGGAAAAUGCUUCCGCUAGUGCACUUUCCCGAGCCUGGCGAGGAGCCCAAACCGGAUAUGCUUAGUAUUGCCGCUGGCAUGAAGACGUUGAUUGUGGGUAAUUUGGAUGAGCUCAGGGCUUCCGAUAUAGGCGAGCUUUUCUUCAUGGACGAGUUGCAGUUUGUGUUUCGGCAGAAGGUCAAGCUUGUGGAGGAUGUGAAUGACCAGCUCAAUGAGCACUUGCAGAAGUACAGUUUCUUGCAAAUCGACCUGACGGUGAGCUCCUUUAUUGGAGACAUGAAGGAAGCACUCAUGUUGUUCGACAAGGCGUGCUCCAUUUCCGUCAAGUUCAACUACCCCGUUUUCCUAUACAAAUGGCUCCCGAUGGUGGGACCACAGCUCAUUCCACACGUCAGAGCAAAAGAGCCUUUCGCCAUGCACUUCUUGUACGUCUACGCCGUUCUUUGUAUAUACUUCAAGUUCUGGUGCUUUGAGCAGAACGUGUGGAAAGACUACGUUGUGUGGUUUAGGGACAACUAUACUUUGUGUGAGUUUGACGAGCGGCUAUAUCAGUACGUUGUCGUUGGAAGACACUACAUUGAAAACGAAAACUACAUGGAUCUUCGAAACUUCGACGUGUGGUCCAAGCGGUUUGAUCACGUAAGCAACGUCUCGUCCUACGAGCUGACGGCUACAUCCACAAACGGAGACAUGAAUUCCUGGAGCGAUGCUGAUUUCAGAGGUGUGAGCCCGUUGGACCAAUUUAGCAGUGAAUUUGUAGCUCCAAGUGGAUCUGAAAGCUGGAGCGGUGGUUCUUUUAUACCCAAGCCGUUUGAAGCUAGUUCUAGCUCUGGCUUUUUUGACUGA